CAGAUGUCAUACAUACAUUCUUGAUAGCUUAGAACAAUGCCAAUAUUGCAAAGCAGUGCCUAAGCUUAGGAGCUUCUCUGAUUUCCUGGCCAUGGAACUGAAGGUUUGGGUGGAUGGUAUUCAAAGGAUUGUUUGCGGUGUUACCCAAGCCACCACGUGCCAGGAUGUUGUGUUUGCCCUGGCACAUGCAACCAGCACUACUGGCCGCUUCACUUUAAUUGAGAGAUGGCGCAGCAACGAGCGCCUUUUGGCACCAUCUCAGCAUCCCUUAAAGGUAUUGCUGAAGUGGGGAGAACACGCAAGCGAUGUGCAGUUUAUUCUACAGCGCACUUCUUUGAACUAUAAGAAUGGCCACAACUUGAGCAGCAGAACUCCUAUCAGCCCUGAAGCUGAUAGUCCUGAACUACAAAUUGACUCAGAGAGUGGCCAGCAGCGGCACUUACAAGCAGCUACUCGUAAUAGAAACCACAUAUGCAAUAACAAUAACACACAUGGCGAUGGCUUGUCUCCCUCAUCUAACACGCCAGUUGGAGGCGCUCGAGACAUACGCAAAUCCUUGACGUUUAGUGGUGCAAUGGUGUCACGGGAAGCUCGUGCCUCGGGCAGAGGGGUGCCAUCUUAUGACUCUGCCAAGGUAGAAUAUUCCUCUGCUGGCCUGCCAGACGUAAGUAAUGUAAAGUUUGGUGCACCCUCUGCCGUGUGUGUGUCAACUGCCAUACAUUUUAUGGAUACUAACACCAAACUAAACUCCUCUAAUAUUACCGAGAUGAGUUCUUUAUCCCCUGCAAAUUUUUCUUCUCGUCAGCAUGAGCUACAGCAACAAGGAGUGUUCCUAUCGCAUGAGCUGCUUCCUGCAUCAACUUCCCAUCACAUAAGCGGGACACAGAAUCAAUUGCCGCGUAGUAAUCCUCAUAUAACUUCUCGCAGCUCCCAGCCAUCUCCUUCCAGUCCUGCCUCGUUCUUUCACGACCGCCAUUCCCCUCUGAAAACUCCUCCCAUCAUCCCACCCUCUGGUACGAGGCCCCCUGCACCCCCUCCCUAUGAGCAGGUGAGAGGCUACCCUCCCUCGCCACCGCUCUAUGGCGGCUCCAUCAGAAGAAGAGGAUAUCGACAUUCUCCUUCAAAGAGCGCUGUUCAUCACAUGAGACAGCAUUCUUCUCCUGCACUGCCGUCAUGUAAUCAAGACGCGGUUGCUGCAUCCUCAACAAUAAGAACAUUAACUUCAGGCACGAGCAGUAGCUUUUACACUCCUCAAUACAUGCCCAGUAACAUGAGUGCAAACUUUCAUUCCUCACAAAAUAUUAAUCCUAACACCAACCCACUUAAGUUGGAGUAUUCGAGAUCCGAUUCGCCGAAUUACUAUUACAGUUCUCCGUCUUAUACUCAAUCACGUCAUCAGAACAAUGAGCGAUUACAAUCCCCAACCUCCCAUCUCUCUUCAGCUGACAAUCGCACCAGCAGUGCAAACGAGCCUAGGCAAUGUAACCAACAACAGGAAUCUCCUUAUGGUUAUGCCAACAGCAGUCCCCACAAAGCCUUUGUAGCUGCUGGUCAGGUGUUACAUUCUCCAAAAAAUGAUAAUUUUCCUAUCGUAUCCAACUCUUCGGUAGGAAAUUGUAGCAAAGUAAAUGUAUUUCAUCCAUCAACGCAAAGUAGUAAUAUUGUUGAUGAGAAUGGCUGUGCUCGACGUAGUGCAUUUAAGGCUAUCUCAAAUAAAUCUGAAGUAACUGUCCCUCAAAGAAUGCUUCCCCCUUACCGACCACCUCCACCGCCCCCCUCAGCAACUAAAGUGACGCCCUCAACCAUUGGGGGCCAUUGCAUGUCAUCAGACGGGCGACAUGCACCCACCACUUCUUCACCUCUUGUACUGACGACAGUUUAUGGAGGCAGACAUGCGUUGAGUCAUGGCUCCAUCUCUCCACCGUCUGCUCUUCACCAUCAUAAAAACAAUGUAGUUCCACCAUCUCCGACCAGUGAAAAUAAUGCGUCAUUAUCCUAUAGUUCUGUUACAAAUCAUCGUGUAGAUGAUGGUAGCAUUUUUAGCAAAGGAAAGAAUAGUGUUAUGGUGUCAAAUAAUGAACUGGUGGCUUCGUCUCGUACAGUUGCAAGCGGACAGACCGCGUGGCCAAAACCUAAUCAUUCAUGUGAUAGUCAUCUUAACAGCCCAAAUUCUGGAUUGUUGCUACUGAAGAACUCGACUACUGAGCUAAAUGGAUACGAUUCCAACUGGCAACUUCGAGAAAGUAUAAAAAAAUCUAACUUUAGCAAUGGGCAAUUGGAUUCAACUAACUCUGGAAACGGCUUUCUCAUAACCAGCAGUAAAAGCGUCACAAACUCUUCAAGCAGCUCGGUGGUAUCUCUAUCAAAAUGCAGUAGCAGUCCUUCUGCAUCGUCACGUUCAGAAACGAAGAUCGAUGUCACUUCAUCUCCAAAGAACCCUUAUAUUCAUGGAUUUGAAGAGGUGCAUCAUUCCAUGCAAAGCAGUAUUGUUAGCAUCAACGGCUCUGCGUCCAUAAACCACGUUAGAGCAAACUCUGUUCCUGGAAGUAGUUCGUCACCUUGCAAGAAUCUUGCCUCGCGUACAUCGCCGUCUGGCCUGCUUGAAGAUUCCGUCCUCUCUACUGAGCACGAAGCUGUUGUGACAUCCAAUUCACAGAACUGGAUGAACGAAAGACUUGAAAUUAGUUCUACAAACACCAGCGGAAAAAUCGACCAUAAUGUUGCCGAAUCCAAGAAUGAGAGUAGCAAAGAACGUGGUGCAGAGGACGCAAAUUAUCUUUCAAAAGUGUCCGAUAGUAGCGUGGAGGCAGCGACACAUGGUGACUGUAGUGUUGAGGGUCGUACCAAGCUAAUUCAUGAUGAGGAACUCGAGGAAGCGGAGGAGGAAGAGAGCGGGAGGAGUCCAUCUCCUCAGGGCCACAUAUUCCCUCCCACUGAGCCUGCACCUUCGGUCAUGGGGCGACAGGUGGAACACAUCGUGCUGGACAACGUUCAUCAAGACUUGGUGGCGCUCGUCAACCAGCAGAGAGAUCAGCUCACCGGACAACAAAUACAACUUACCAAAUUUGAAGCAGAAAUUACGUAUUUAGAAGGGCGCUGGAGAGAAGACCAAGCUAAGCUUGACUUUGCUCAUUCAGAAAUGGAACGGCUUUCUCUGCUGCAUCAAAAGCUGGAUGAGGAACUUCGAGCCGAGGAUCCCGACGCAGAAGAAGAGAAACUGAAGAGCGUCAUUGACACCAAAGAGCGGCUGUCUCAGGAGAUGAUCUCCGUGCGUCAGCAGAUACAUCAGUGCGACGCCCAGAUCGCUCAUCUCACUUCCAAUAUCACAUCACUGGAAGAGGAACUUCUGUCUCUGAAACUCGCGAACGAUGAGAAGCUGCUCGAGAUCGGAGAAGACGAGGAUGGAUUCGAUUUUUAUCCUCGGGACGCCGAGUAUUCACAGAACUCGACAGAAGUACCAUCGCCUGAACUUGCUAAAGUGUUAGAAGAAGUCGAGUCGGCGUUGGCUGGCAAACGUGAGCAAGUAGAGGAGCUCAAACGAGCGAUGAUGUCAGAAAACCUGGAGGCUCUCAGCCUCACGCCCCCUGAUCGCCUGGCUGCUUCUCUCCACGCCCCUACGGGUGCCGCCGCUGCAGCAGUGUGUGGGGUUUCCCGUCGGAUAAUCGGGUCGCCUCGUAUGCUGGAAACCGCAGUCCCAACAUCCAAGAAUCCCCAUGGCGUGUGGGUGUAAAUGCCAUCACUGUUGCCUUAAAUGCAAUUUGCUGUCGUGUAGUGCCGGUGGCUGCAUACUCAGAUCAUUCAGCGCAAGAACUAAGAAGGCCUGAGCUGUUAAGCUCAGGCACCGGAUGCUGCUCCAAUGCACCAAUGUCUCGCUUCAGCCAUAAGUGGUUGCUUAUCUUCACUAACUCGCAUGCGCGCUGCCUUAACCACCUAGUGCUGUAUCACCUCCUGUACAUAUCACUUGCCUUUAUGAAUGUAUCCCAUUUAAUAAACAUUAAAAGCCCUUGAAUGCAUUUUAGGAGAAAUACUUUCGUUAAUAGUGUUACAUUAAUAGGUAAGGUUCAGUUCUGAGCCGCCUCGAGUUGCCACGAGGGGGAACAUCUGCCAUAAUUAGACGUUUAGCUGUGUUGUGUAAUCAUUAUCUUGCCUAAGGCUGGUCCUGUAAACUUAAAAAUGACCGAUUUUUGGUUAAUUUUUGCUUUCAGAGUUUCUAACUUCAUUUAAUUUUAUUAUUGUGAACAUAUUAUUCUCAUGAUUAUACUUCUCUUCUACGAGGAAAAUAUCCAAGUGUUCUCUUACAUUACAAUUCACUAUUUUAACGCAAGUAUCUGUUCACAAUUAUUUGUCAUGCUUCGAUUCUAAUUUCUCAGAAUUGGAAUGCCGAAAUUUUGUGAAUGUAUGUACUCCACCAUUACCGUUGAGAUAUUUCUUAUCUUUUUGCCUAGUGCAAACAUUUAGUUCUUUAUGUGAUUAAGUUAUGCAUUAUAAUUUAAAGCUGAUUAGUAUAGGAUUGAUGAAAUUUUUGUCAGCAUUUAAUUUUGAUGAAAUCAUGUUAGCCAACAUUUUUUUCACUCAAUUCUAAGAAUUUUGUCUAUCCCAAGACUAAGGGGCUCAGGUCCGAGAGCACCGCUACUAUUGAUAUUCAAUUGAUAUUAAUUAAACGACACAUCCUCUUAUCAUUAUCAUAGACUUGUAUUUGGAUGUUUUAUUCACUUUUAAGCUCCUCUUAAUUGUGUUGGCUUCAAAGAAUCUGUAUUCGGGACUGCAUUUGCGAGAGAUCGCCGAUGGAGGUACCAUAAGCUGCCUCCAGCCCGGUAUGGGGAGCACUAACCGGUGAAGUGUGUGUGGUUAUGGGGCAAAUUUACCAAGGUGUAACACGAUGAUCUGAUGAAUUUCGCUUUAAAAUAAUCAUUAUUAGUUAAUGUUGUUUUGAGGAAUGAGCACUCGUCGAGUACUCCCAUUAUGUUGUUAUUAUCAUACUCAGCUUGAGAUGUCUGUAUAUAAGUUCUUGAUCUUUGUUGUUGUUGAAUGAUGUAAUACUGAGUUAUGAAAAUUAAUUUUUAUCUCCAUUCUAACAGUGUCUUUGUGGCAAGUUUCGUGCUUAAUGUAUCGAAUUCGAUCUGAAUUUGUUUUUAUUUUAUUGAUGGUAAUCAUUUUACUCCUAAUGAACACGUAAAGCGAGUAUCAUUUACUAAGUGCACGAAGAACAUUAUUGUGGCAUUACUCUUAAAAAAUUACCCAAAGAUGUGUUAAGUGAUGAAGACCGUUUCAUUCACCAAUUAAAAUUAGAGCUAUUAAUUGCUGAUAUUGAUAAUUUAAAGACUUCUCCAUUCUACCUUAGUUUUUUAAUCGUUGGGAGCACUCAAAGCAUUUUUUAGUUACUCAUUAAUUUUAAGUAGAAAAAUCCUACGUGUAAAAAUAGUUACGGAAGUGAAAAGGACUUCUUUGUUUCAUGUGUGAGAAUGCGUGAGCGGAGAGGAUGCUCUUGGCAAUGGUCUAGUCUCAUUUGUGGCAACUGUACUCAAUAAUUGUAAUAGAUAGUAAAGAUGCGUUGGGUAAUGGGAAAUAUUCACAAAUUCGCAACGACUGAGAAAUGUUGGAGCAUAGCUGUGUUUGUAACACCGAUGGACAUCUAUUGGAUUGUGCGACGAUCGUCUUUCACUAGUAGUUUUGCUUCUCUUUAUUUUGCUCAUUUGCAGCUGGACACUUGAGCACUGUUGUAUGAUUAGAAUUACAGUGUCAUCACCAGUGAUGUGUUUCAUCCCAUUUCUUGAUUUGUUGCAACUAGGUAUGUAAAUAAUUUGCAGCUACUAGGUAUGUAAUACAGGAAAAAACGUGUAACAAACUGUUUAUUUCACUUGAUGAUUAGCUACUUAUAGUAAGUGAAUAUAACUUUUACUUUAAAUCACGUAUUAGGUAGUCAUUUCAUCGUAACUAAGAGACACAAAAAUAACAUCGAGUUCCAUCGUC